UUCUAUUCUGAUAGUUUCCAGUUCCAACUAUGUGGACAGCAGAUGAGAUUGCUCAACUGUGCUAUGCACACUAUAGUGUCAAACUGCCCAAGCAGGGGAAGCCUGAGCCAAACCGUGAAUGGACUUUGUUGGCAGCCGUGGUGAAGAUACAGUCUCCAGCUUGUGACACCACUGAUAAGGAAGUGCCAGUAACAAAGGAAGUUGUCUCAAUGGGAACAGGAACAAAAUGUAUAGGCCAGUCCAAGAUGAGGAAGAGCGGAGACAUCCUCAAUGACAGCCACGCUGAGAUCAUAGCCAGAAGGAGCUUCCAGAGAUACCUUCUCUAUCAGCUCCAUUUGGCAGCCGUGCUGAAAGAGGAUAGUAUCUUUGUGCCAGGAACUCAAAGAGGACUGUGGAAGCUCAGACCUGACCUGUCUUUUGUGUUUUUCUCUAGCCACACACCCUGUGGGGAUGCCUCCAUCAUUCCAAUGCUUGAGUUUGAAGAACAACCUUGCUGUCUUGUCAUUAGAAAUUGGGCCAACAGCUCACCUGUAGAAAAGAGUGAUAAUCUAGAGGAUUCCAAAAAUAAAAGGGAUUGUGAAGACCCUGGCAGUUCCGUAGCCAAGAAGAUGAGGCUUGAAACCCCUGCCGUGCCACUGUCCAACUCCGUAACUCACCAUGGGAUGCAGGAAAGUGGUACAAUGAAACCAGAUGUCAGCAGCUCCCAUCUCAUCAAGGAGGAACUGGACACUGCCAAUGGAAUAGCUCCAGGUAUCAAAGUGGUGGAUGUGCAUAGAACAGGAGCCAAGUGUGUUCCUGGAGAAACUGGAGACUUGAGAAGGCCAGGUGUUGCCUACCACCAGGUGGGGCUGCUUCGAGUUAAGCCCGGCAGGGGAGACAGGACAUGCUCCAUGUCCUGCAGUGACAAGAUGGCAAGGUGGAAUGUCCUUGGAUGCCAGGGUGCACUGCUGAUGCACUUCCUGGAAGAACCCAUCUACCUGUCAGCUGUGGUCAUUGGGAAGUGCCCAUACAGCCCAGAAGCCAUGAGGAGAGCAUUGACUGGCAGGUGUCAGGAGGUCUUGGCUUUACCCAGAGGCUUUAAAGUUCCUGAACUGAAAAUAGAGCAGUCGGGUUUGCUGUUUGAACAAAGCCGCUGUGCAGUGCAGAGAGCUGGCACACCAGGCCGGCUCGUUCCUUGUGGGGCAGCUAUCAGCUGGAGUGCUGUUCCUGAGCAUCCUUUGGAUGUGACUGCCAAUGGCUUUCCACAGGGAACAACAAAGAAAGACAUCGGGAGCCCUUGGGCCAGGUCCCGAAUCAGCAAGGUAGAACUCUUCAGAUCAUUCCAGAAGCUGCUGAGCAGCAUUGCAGAAGACAAGCAGCCAGACUCUGUCAGGGUGCAGAAGCUGGACACCUACCAGGAGUACAAGGAGGCUGCGUCUGCCUACCAGGAAGCCUGGAGCGCACUCCGAAGGAAACCACCAUUUGCAUCCUGGAUCAGAAACCCACCCUACUACCACCAAUUUAAAUGAACUCUUGCUGCUACCAGGAUCCUUCAUAUUGAUCUGCCUUUUCUCAGAAUGCUGCAUGUCUUCAGUGUCAUAUAAUGGAACCCAGAACCUCAUCAAUCUGUACUUGAUUGGAAUUGCUAGCUCCUUGCUAAAAUGGUCUCUCAAUGAUGACCUUGGUAUUUGCCUUGAGUUAUGUUUUAUUGGUUUUCUAAAAUACAACAUCAGGUAUGAUGCUUUUUAAAGCAAUCUGCAGCAGCUCUGAUUAGGCAAGUGUACAUUGGAUGGAAAUUGUAUUAGAGUGUCUAGAUACUUCGGAGCUCCUGGAGUAGUGAACAUGUAUUUCAUAUUUCCAGCCUGCCUUUGGGAACCACCAUUUCCCAGUUCUCUACAAUCAGAUGUGGUUGAAGUCAACUUCACUCUCAGGCUCAGCACAGGACUAGCCUCGGGAAGCUCUGUUCUCAGACCUGCCAAGAAAGGUUGGUUUGUUGUUUGAGACAGAGUCUCACUUUGUAGCCUGUGUUAUCCUUGACUUUCAGUCCUGCAUCAGCCUUCCAAGUGCCAAGAUGAUAGGCAUAAGCCACCAUCAUAACUAGCCCAAAAUAUUCUCAUUCUUUCCCUCCCUCUCUCCCUCUCCUUCCUACCUCUCUUCUUGAGACAGGAUCCUUGAACUCACUAUGCAGCUAAGGAUGACCUUGAACUCUGACUUCCUGCCUCUGCCUCCAAGUGUAACACCAUACUUUGCUUCCAGGAAUCUCUUCUGAUCAGGGUUAUAGGGUCAUUAUAAUCUUGAACUGCCAGUAGUUGCCAUCUUUUCCUACCACAUAGAGACAGCCAGCUGAGAAUGAAGGCAACCAUUGCUGUUUGACCAAGUUCCAGCAUUUCAACAUUGCAGACCACACUUCUCCAGCACCUUAUUACUUUCAUGUUUAAUGAUUCUCAAUAUCAAUGCCUUUCCCUUUGGGAAAUUUUGUUCGGUCUUUGGUAAAGAAUAAAAAUGUGUACAAUGGUA